AUGGUAAUUGUUGCACAAGUAGCAAACUCAAAACCCACUAAAAUUGAAAUAGUUGAUGAUGCUUUUGGAAGACAGGAUAGAUCUGACUUCAGGCCUCUUCAGUUUGGUAAAAGACAAGAAAAAAAUUUUAGACCACUUCAAUUUGGAAAGAAAAGUGUUUAUAGACCAUUACAAUUUGGUAAAAGAUCAUUAUUUUCGAUAGGAUAUGAUGAGUCAGGUACUGAUGAUGAUACAUUUUUUAUUCCUGUAGCAGACUAUUGA